GUAGAAGUUGGCCACCCGCAUAGCUGACCUUUAUUCUAAUCUCUAAAACAAAAAUGUCAAAUUCCCCAUGUAUGAAUGUACCACUGCCUUGAGCUUACCAACAAGUACUCGUUAGCAAGGAAGGAAGAGUUGGCGACCCACAUAACCUAUCAUUCAUUUGUCGUUUUCAACCCUUUAUUUCCCUAUAAAAACGACACACCUCUCUUCCCCUUCUCAACCAAAAGUAAUCAAAACCAAAAACACCAAUCAAGAACUUUGUUCUACCCAAGCACUUCUUCAACAUAUCCAAGAAAACAAAACGAAUGGCACACAGAAUCCGAACUACUGGUCUGGUCCUUGUUCUGGUAGCCUCAUUCUGGGCAAUGGCUUCGGCGCAAUCGAGUGGCUGUACUAAUACUAUAAUCAGCUUGUCGCCAUGCCUGAAUUACAUCCAAGGGAACUCAUCAACCCCAUCAUCUGGAUGCUGCUCUCAGCUUAGCAGCGUCGUCAGCUCGCAGCCAAAGUGCUUGUGUGAGGUCCUUAAUGGCGGUAGCUCAUCGCUCGGGAUCAAUAUUAAUCAAACUCAGGCUCUGGCUUUGCCCGGUGCUUGCAAAGUUCAGACUCCUCCACUCAGCCAAUGCAAUGCCGCUUCUCCAGCCGGCUCUCCUGCAGGAACAACAGAUCCUUCAAACACACCUUCAGGAACAAGAUCUAAAACUGUACCAACGAAAGAUGACGGCACAUCCGAUGGAAGUUCCAACAAGAUGUCAAUUCCACUUCUCUUCUUGGCCAUUCUUGCAGCAGCUUAUACUUCAGCCUAAAAAACAUACUAAAAAUUCAUUUUGUAUUAAUCUAUGUUUGAUGGUAGCUACAGUAUUAUUAUGUCCUCGAUUGUUGUGCUUGUAUUCUUCAUCCAAUCUUUUGAGUUCAUAUAGAUUCAUAAAGACAAUGUACUGUUUAUUUUUUGAGACCCUCACAGGGUUUAUCAUUGUUUUGUAUCACUGAACAGACUGGCUGGUGCCCACUCUCUUCUCUAUUGAAUAAAAUGGUUUCUGG